CCUCAAAGAUUGAGAAAGACUGGAACUAGUGUCACACAAGAUGGCGACCGUGUUUCCGUUUUAGGCGCGAGAUUUGAGGUUUGAUAGAUGAUAAGGAUUACAAAACGGCAUACUUCUAACUUGCUCUGUUAGUUUCCGCUUGUGUUUUUGUGUAUCUUUGAGUGCAGUUACAAAUGGACUGAUAAUAUAGUCUACUCGCACGAUGAGAAGAUCAUGUGCACCAAGUCAGUUAAUGAAAAGAAAGCAAAAUGAUGAAGAUGCAUGCAGCAACAGCAGACCAAGACAGAAAAUCAAGUUGGAAGCCGAGCCACCCUCCAGCCAGUUCUUGUCGCCUUACAGAAAGCCCCUAUCACCUCUGCCAAGCCAUGCAAAUGGGGGCACAUCAGGGAAGAUCUCAGCCCAUGAGGCACUCAUCCGCAGUUUAUUGUCAAAGCCGUUCAAAGUUCCAAUCCCAAACUACAAAGGAUCAUCAUUAAGUAGGGGACUGGGUCUGAGAAGAAAGGGUCCCCGGCGCUCCCUGCACGACCCAUAUGAAGAAGAUGCCCUUGUGUUAUAUGAACCUCCACCACUAACUGCUCAACAGCAGCUUUCCAUGGACAUUGAAAAGCAAGAAGUUCAUGUGGUUGUAGAUCCAUUGUUAUGCAAAGUCCUGAGACCUCAUCAAAGAGAGGGAGUCAAGUUUUUGUACGACUGUACAACAGGAGCUAGAAUACAAGGAAGCUACGGCUGCAUCAUGGCAGAUGAAAUGGGCCUUGGGAAGACACUCCAAUGCAUCACACUCGUUUGGACAUUAUUGCGCCAAGGACCAAGUGCACAACCAAUCGUCAGCAAAGUCAUCAUUGUCGCACCCUCCAGUCUUGUAAAGAAUUGGUACAAUGAGCUCAGCAAGUGGCUGGGAAAUCGAAUUAAUGCCUUGGCCAUAGACUCUGGCAGCAAAGAUGAGAUUGACAGAAACCUUGAGCGCUAUAUGUCACAGCAAGGUAGCCGUACCCCAACACCUGUGCUCAUUAUAUCGUAUGAGACAUUUCGCCUCCAUGCGGCUGCCUUGCACAAUGGCUCAGUUGGUCUUGUUAUCUGUGAUGAGGGUCACCGGCUGAAGAAUCUAGAGAGUCAAACUUACCAAGCUCUGAACAAGCUGAACGCUACCCGACGUGUUCUCCUGUCAGGUACACCUAUUCAGAAUGACCUACUUGAGUAUUUCAGCCUGGUUCAUUUUGUCAACCAAGGAAUACUAGGAACUGUAUCCGAGUUCAAGCGUAAGUUCGAGACGCCGAUUUUACGCGGACGAGAUGCAGAUGCGACAGAUGCUGAGCACAAAAAAGGCAUCGAGCGACUUACAGAGUUGGCUUCGCUUGUGAACAAGUGCAUCAUCCGACGUACAGCGGUAAUUUUAUCAAAGUACUUACCCAUCAAAGUGGAGCAAGUGGUUUGCUGCCGCCUAACACCUCUCCAGACGGCCAUUUACAAGCGCCUUAUCCACUCUAAAGCCCUCAAGAUUAAGUUAGCUGAAGGAUCAAAAGGCAAACCUGGCGGAGUGAGCACCUCUUCAUUGGGCUUCAUCACGAGCCUCAAGAAACUGUGCAAUCACCCUGAGCUGAUCUACGAGAAAGCACAGAUGGAAGACGAAGGCUUUGAGGGAGUACUUGAGAUGUUCCCACAAAAGUUCGACCUAAAAAAUGUGCAGCCUGAACUAUCAGGCAAGAUGCAAGUGUUAGACUACAUAUUGGCCGUCACCAAGGCAACAAGCGACGAUAAAGUAGUGCUUGUAUCAAACUACACGCAGACACUAGACCUGUUUGAGAAACUUUGCAGACAAAGAAGGUACCAGCAUGUUCGCCUGGAUGGGAGCAUGUCCAUCAAGAAGAGACAAAAGAUAGUGGACCGAUUCAACGACCCAAAGGGCGGGGAUUUUAUCUUUAUGCUGAGUAGUAAAGCUGGUGGAUGUGGUUUGAACUUGAUCGGCGCCAAUCGACUUGUCAUGUUUGACCCUGAUUGGAACCCCGCUAACGACGACCAGGCCAUGGCUCGCGUAUGGCGCGACGGACAGAAGAAAAAGGUGUUUAUUUAUCGUCUUCUUUCGACGGGUACGAUAGAGGAGAAGAUUUUCCAGAGGCAGGCGCACAAGAAGGCCCUCAGCAGCUGCGUCGUCGAUGAGGAAGAGAACGUGGAAAAGCACUUUUCGGUGGAGCAGCUAAGAGACCUAUUCAGGCUCAACGAGGAGACCCUUAGUGACACGCACGACAAAUUCAAAUGUCGACGGUGUGUGAACAACAUCCAGGCGCACCCUCCCCCUCAAGGGACGGAUUGUACGGCUAACCUAUCUCUGUGGAAUCACUGUGCGAGCAGCAAAGGACUGGAGGACACAUUCCUCAAGGGGGCGUGGAGCAGCGGUAUUAGCUUCGUGUUCCACCAGAAGUCACACGAGAAGCAGCUAGGGUUGUAACUUCAGAGUAACGGCAUCAGUCCUGGGUAGCACUAAAAUAUUGUUACAAGCCGCGUUCUGGCUGCAAUUGCUCGGUUAAGGACCAGAUAUAAAUGAAAAAUAAAAGCAUGACUCUGGAACACGCCCCAUGAUUUCCAUUUAUUUGAGACGUCGCUCGAAUAGAUUUUCCACUUACCUCUGUCACGCCAGGCAAGUAUCAGUGAAGGUGGCUGAAGCAGGAAAAUGCAAAACGAUUACCAAAGACCAAGAGCACUACAUGCGAUGUCUCGCUGAAUACAGCAGGGGUUCAACGUAUAGACUAUCUUAUCCAUGUCUCUCGCAGGCGAGACGCCCGAUGCGCUACAGAAAGUCUGGGCAAAUGCUGAGCUAGCCAAAGAGGUUUCUGUUCUUAGCGUUGGUGGCUGCGUGGGAGCCGUACAUAUCCCAUUUCUAUCUGCAAAGGCCAAACACUUUUGUACACCUGAUAAGAAAGCGACUAUUUAUACCACUGUUUUCAGGAUUUCAAGAAAACAGCGACCAGAGAGAGAAUCGGCGCUACUUUGGAGUUUAUCAGAAGUGUGUCUGAAAGCGGUGACAAGUGAAGAUUGCGAAUAAAGAAUCGAUUUCAACUGUUUACCAUCUACAAAUACCAUACACACUAAAAUGGAAUAUUUGUAGACAGAUUUUCCGGCAACCGUCCCUAGUUUAGCUCAGGCAGCAAAUAAAACCGUUGUUGGCACCAAAAAAACCUUGGAUGGCGUCAGUUUAUAACAGCAUAAUUGAACAAAAAGAAAUAUUUUUGUGAGGGGGAUGUCUGUAAAAAGAAAAGUAUCAAAUAAACGAUGAGAUAAAAA